ACUGGAAUACUGGGAAGACCUGCGGAUGUACCACGACCACGGUUACCAACACUCAAUUACCUACAAGCAGGCCUGUAUUUUGGGCAAAGACGUCAUUAGACAUUUCCGAAAACGGAUUGAUCGUGGGAACAAUGCUACCGACUCUACAGCGUAUUUUGUCAAUGUGGAAGCGUUUGUGCCGUUUUUAGCGUUGUUCGGACUUUUUAAGGACACCGAGGCACUCACCAGUGAAGCAAUUAACAAGAAUCGUUUGUGGAGAACGUCCAAGUUCGCUGGAUAUGGGAGUAACUUUGGGUUACUGCUUUCGUCCUGUACCGGUGAAAGUACCAACUACUGGGUGACAGCCCUUCACAACGAAGAAAAGAUCAAGUUGCCCGGCUGCGACACUAGCUUAGGUUGCUCCUGGGAUAAGUUUCUGAACGAGUACGAUUUCCUUGAAGACUGUCACUUCUUCCGUCUGUGUAUACGAUUUACAAGAAGAAUGUGCCGACCGCAUAACUGGCACCUGAGCUACAUCAUGAACAACUGGAUGUAAGAGGACAGAAAAAGCUUUGUAAAGAAGUUUUCACGUCAGGAUAAUCUUUUCAUUUUUGUCGCAUAAAUAAUAAUGGACUUUGGAGGUUUAUUUUAGUUCAUGCAAUUAUUACUAAAUAGUUGAAUGCAAAUUUUAUUUAUAUGGAGUUGCAUUACCAAGAACCAGAAUUAAUUUCGGGAUAUAAUAUGAAUAAAAUCAGAAAUAUAUGUAUCAAUAUUCUUUCCAGGUUUCUCUUUCAUUAUUUCGUUAUAUGUUAUUCCUCCAAAAGCCUCCUUUUUUUAAUUCCAUUCAUUUCUCAACCCCACUCGUCUCUAAAGCCUUUUCAUUUUGUGGCCUUUUUUCAAGAUAGGGUAGGAAAAAAGAUUUAUUAAAAUUAGAAUUCUAGUUUCAAGUUGUUCUGGUGAGCAUUGAUUUUAUUUGCACUUUGGACAUUCCCAUCCAAAAUAACCAUAACAUAUUUGAGAUUGACCUUUGAUACACAACCGCACGAAAAAAAAUUUGCAAAAUGAGUUUCUUUUUCUCGGAGGCCCCAGGUGUUUAAUUUUCUCCUGAAAAGAACACUAUAGUUGGAUCAUCAGUCUGGAUAUCCAGAAGGCUAUGACCACCUUCGUUAGCACCAUAGACAUUAUGAGAUGUUUUGGUACUCCAUGUCAUCACUUCAAGUAUACCGCUUAUAACAUCCUAUAGUGAAAACAUGCUCUAAUGCCUUAAUUUUGCAGUUGUGCUUAAACAAUAUGAAAGAUGAGAACCUCUGAUAAGAGCAAGUACAAGUGACAGGAUAGGUGGAAAACUUUCAUAUAUACAUUAAUGAAAUCGGCUCGAAUUUAAAGUGGAUUUCAAAGAUGGAAGAUUAUUCCAUGUAAUUGAUACAAAACUGAUGGAGCAAAGGUACUUUUUUAAUAAAAGAAUUUGCAAC